AUGAGCACUAGCAACAGUGCUGGGGGAUCGCGCCUUUCGUCUUCUUCGACUUUUGGUCGAUCUUCUCUUGCUUUGAAUGAUCUAAUACCAACUGCGCUUCAAUUGGCCUCAAACACUGUUGCCACUACAGCGUCGGUCGUAUUUACUCCAUUAGCAACUCGGGCAGUUAAAGGUGAUACAAUGGGUAUUAUAACAGAUCUUGCACCGGCCAUUAUGGACCAACGUCGACUACAACAGUACAUUACUGGAAAGAAUAGGCAGGUGCAAGAGGGAUCAAAUCAAUCACCUCCACCAGCUGGGGAUGGGUCACAGAAGAGAUUGAGUUUAUUGAAUACGGAGAUGCCGGAAUCAGAGGCUCCGUUAUCAUUGCUGGAAGGAUUCAAAGCGUCAUAUCCAGAUUAUGAUACCUUUAGAAAGUCUGUCACUAAGCUUAAAAAGAAGAAAACAAGGGGAGCGCUAAAUGGUGUGUUUGAUGGUCAUGAUGGAUCUUCGGAUACUGCUUCGAUAGAUGGCGAAUCCAAACCGCUCAACCAACUCAUCACCGAUCGGGAUCGUGUUGUCAGAGAAAACGACCGUCUUUGCGCUCAAGAGUUAGACACAAUAGCAGAAAUAAAGGAAAUUGAAAAGGAAAUCGAACGUUUACAAGCAAAAAAGGAAAGCCUAUCAUCCCAAUUGCUUACAUUUGAAGGGCGGAAGAACGAACUAAGUUAUCAAGUCGAGGAAUUAAAUUAUAAGAUUUCAAGCUUUGUUCAUGUGGAGAGGAAUGGAACAGAUGAGAAAGGGCGACUAAAGCAAAGUAGGGAUCCAAUUUCUAUUUUAUAUAAAAUAAUGGAAUUUAUAAACGAUCCUGCUGGAUUUAUUAUUAAUAUACGAUGGCGCUUGGUUUUACUAGAACGACGAGGAAAACGAUACGAAUCUGGUGUUUGCUUUAGAACACUGGAGGGUCAUGAAGAUGUAAUAAAAUGUAUCGACUUUGAUAGGCCUGGGGGCUUCUUAGUGUCGUCAUCGCUAGAUAAUACUGUACGGGUGUGGAACUUGAAUACCAAUAAAUGCGUCGGACUUCUCGAUGGACAUAAAGAUAUUGUAACCUGCAUAAAAAUUCACGAUAACCGUCUUAUCACUGGUUCCAAGGACAAGUCAAUCCGACAAUGGAAUCUUUCGCUUUUGUCUCAAUCGGACAUGUUAGCUGUUCUACCUCACUGUCAUUACAAAUCGAUAUCCUCAUCCGCAAAGAGCAGUUUCGACAUGACUGAUGAUGAUACGUUGGAGAAUAUUGGCGAGACUGUGUGGGUAGCUACGUUGGAAGGACAUUCUGGGGAAAUCACUUGUCUUCAUCAUGAGGAUCAGUGGCUGGUUUCUGGCUCAGCAGACAAGACGAUGAAGCAAUGGGAUUUGGAAACAGGACAAUGCAUACUAACAAUGGAUUUGUUAUGGGCAAUGUCGAGCGCCAAGUUAUCGCAUGCACCGUUGGCAGAGAGCUUCGUGUUUGAUCUGCUUGACGAGGGAGACUUCAUUGGUGCGUUACAGUUCUGGAACUACGCACUAGCAAGUGGGACAAGAGAUGGUGCCAUACUAAGGACAGGACAAACGCAUAGGACAUUACUUGGCCAUUCGGGUACGAUUAAUCGUAUUGUAAUGCCACCGACGCGAUACAAUGAAUUACUUACGUUUGUUUUUUGGAAUACAGGACCGAUCACAUCGCUACAAUUUGAUGAAUAUCACGUUGUUAGCGGAAGUAUGGACAAGAGCAUUAGGAUAUGGGAUUUACGAACGGGAACCAUAUUCGACACAUUGUCCUAUGAGAAUGCUAUAGCAGGUUUACAAUUCGACUCCCAACGUAUAGUCUGUGCAUGCGGAGUUAAUGACAUUAAG